GUUCGCGUGCACGCGCCCCAGAGCCGUUAGGGUGGAACUCUCUCCUGGGCGGGGCGGGUGGAGCAAAUACAGUUGGACGCCAGUUGGUGGAGCCCCCGCGGGAAACAACUAAGCGCGAGGAGCGUGCGCGCUCACGUCCCGACGACGGCGGCGGCGAGCGGCGUCAGAGCUUGAAGGGGGGGGCCGACGGCUUCUGGCGGGUGGCGGUGUUGGAGGCGAGAGCUUGCUUAGCACGUACCGCUUCUAUCCCAAGAGCCGACGGAGAGUGAGGGAACGAGGGCUGCUUUCGGGGGCUGCUGCCUUCUUCUUACACAUCGUCGUGAGGAGCGCAGUCGGGACUCUCCUACAAGCCCUGCGGCUCCCUUUCCACACGCCUUGAGGCGGCGGCGGCGGCGGCAACUGAGACAGCGUCUCACCUUCCCCCACCCCUUCCCCUGUCCCCCCUGCCCGAGAGGGCCCGGUCUGCGCCCCACCCCCGCCCGCUUGCUACGCCGCCGCCAUGUCGGCGCAGGCCCAGAUGCGCGCAAUGCUGGACCAGUUGAUGGGCACCUCCCGGGACGGGCCCUGGUGGUGGCAACCGCCUGUGUGCCACUGAAAAUCGUGCCGAUGCCUGGCAUACUGCAUAAAUGGAAGCAGGGUACCGCGCAUCAUGGGCUAAGGAAAAAGAGCCCUGGGCUGAGACUCAGGAGACCUGGUUUCUAGCCCCAGCUGUACCUCUAAUUGUAACCUUGGCCUUCACAGUUGUUGAUCACAUAGCAUGGUCAUCCACUCACAGCUUAAAAAAAUACAGGGAGCAUCGGAGAGAAUGGGAGAUACUACUCGUCAACGAAUCAAAUUCAGUGAUGACAGAGUAUGCAAGAGUCACCUUCUCAACUGUUGUCCCCACGAUGUCCUCUCUGGAACUCACACAGAAUGUAUCUUUUGGAAGAGAGGUGUUUGCCAGCCUUCAGCAAGAGAUUCUUACUUUGUUCAUACUAUGUCCUAGAAUGGAUCUUGGAGAAUGUCUGAAAGUUCAUGACCUGGCUUUAAGAGCAGAUUAUGAAAUUGCGUCCAAAGAACAAGAUUUUUUCUUUGAACUUGAUGCUAUGGAUCAUCUUCAGUCAUUCAUUGCAGAUUGUGAUAGAAGAACAGAAGUGGCUAAGAAAAGAUUAGCAGAAACUCAAGAAGAGAUCAGUGCUGAAGUGGCAGCAAAGGCAGAACGUGUUCACGAGUUAAAUGAAGAAAUUGGUAAGUUGUUGGCCAAGGUGGAACAACUAGGAGCUGAAGGAAAUGUGGAAGAAUCUCAGAAAGUAAUGGAUGAAGUAGAGAAAGCACGGGCAAAGAAAAGAGAAGCAGAGGAAGUUUAUCGGAAUUCUAUGCCAGCUUCCAGUUUCCAACAGCAGAAACUUCGAGUCUGUGAAGUCUGCUCUGCCUAUUUAGGUCUUCAUGAUAAUGAUAGACGACUGGCUGAUCAUUUUGGGGGUAAACUGCACCUGGGAUUUAUUGAAAUAAGAGAGAAGCUUGAAGAAUUAAAGAGAGUUGUAGCUGAAAAACAGGAGAAAAGAAAUCAGGAACGCCUGAAACGAAGAGAAGAAAGGGAGAGAGAAGAAAGAGAGAAGCUGAGGAGGUCUCGAUCACAUAGCAAGAACCCCAAAAGGUCCAGGUCCAGAGAGCAUCGCAGACAUCGGUCUCGCUCCAUGUCACGGGAACGGAAGAGGAGAACUCGAUCCAAAUCUCGGGAGAAACGCCAUCGCCACCGAUCGCGCUCCAGCAGCCGCAGCCGCAGCCGCAGCCACCAGCGCAGUGGGCACAGUUCUAGAGACAGGAGCAGAGAGCGAUCCAGGAGGAGAUCCUCAAAAGAAAGAUUCAGAGACCAAGACUUAGCAUCACGUGACAGAGACAGGAAUUCAAGAGACAGAUCACCUCGUGACAGAGAUCGAAAAGAUAAGAAGCGGUCCUAUGAGAGCGCUAAUGGCAGAUCAGAAGACAGGAGGAGCUCUGAAGAGCGCGAAGCAGGGGAGAUAUAAUUAGCUGUGUACAUAUCCUCAAUCCUUAAGCUUCCUAUGGAGUUACAUACUAUUGUUUAGUUUACAGCUGUUGGGGGUAACAGUGAGCAGUUCCAGACUCCGAUCCAAAUAGGCUAGAUGCGCAGUAUCUAACUUGAUCUGAACUGAACUUGUUUCCCCGAUGAAGCCUAAAACUACAUCCAUAGUUUCUGGUGAACCUGUAAUGCGAUUCUGAAAGUACAGUUUUAUAUAAUAAGAUGCUGAUAUCUUUAUUCUUUCUAGUAGGAGUGAUAGUGAACGAAUUGUGUUGCUUGCCUUGGGAUUUUUGGAACAUUUGUAAAAUGCUGUCUUCCUUUCUAGUCCACAAACAAACAGCUUUCAGGAUUUUUCUUUUUAAUUCUUCUUCCUCUGACUUUUGUAUCCCCUAAUACCUCCACCCUCUAUCAGAGAAAGGGGGAGCAGGGAAGCAAUAUAACUUCUGUUCUAAGGUUCUGUUCCCAUUUAUUACUAGCUGAUUACAGAGCAUUUAUACUGGAAAGUGUGCUGGAGAAAUUUAAAUACUGAGAGUUUUUGUUUUGUUUUACGGUGCCUAUUUAGAGUUGGAAGUUGAACAGCUGUUGCAUUACCUACUUUGCUUUUUUUAUUGAAAUUUUGAAAUCAAACGUCUUGAUUUUUCUGUUCUAUUGAAUUGCUAUGUUCAGGAUGUUUUGGAAAGGGGGGUGGGGGCAGGGACUCUUUCAUAAGCACUUGUUUUAUUUUGUGUGUGUGGAGUAUAAAGGCUACAACCUUAUUGUAAAGAUUAAUAAAAUGAAACAAUCACCACCACCAUCAUUAAACUGUAACUUGUCUAGUAAAUUGUCACUAGAACUA